AUGCGCGAUCUUGGGAGGAACGUCUGUCUACGAUGCGAAGUCCAGCUGCUGGCCGCCGUCAGAGGGCGGGGUCCUCGUCCUUCAACACCACGAAGUUAUAGCUCCAACUCCAGCCCCAGACCGAGACCUGCUCGAACAGCUACGAACAGCACCCGGCAGCAACAUGAAGAACCCGAACCACCGUCCGAUCUACUCGAGGCUGCCUCGAGAAAACGUGCCGCUGCCGUGGCCAUGUUUAGGUCCAUUCUUGGGGAUAUAGCGCAACCAGAUGGUCCAGUCCGACCUCCACCUACUCCCGCACCACCAGCUCCUUCUGUGCCGUCGAUCAAGCCGAGUGGACCAAGUACUCGCAGUGUCAAACUCUCUUCGCCCUCGGUGCCCCAAGCAGCCCACCCUGCGCCGGUCUCGGCUCCAGCUGAGGCACCAGAGAGGAUAGAGCCAGCGCCGAUGCCAGAGAGCAAGGAGACGAUAGUGGAACAAGCCGUCAUGGAAACGACAGAGACGCCCGAGAAAAUCGAGACACCAGAAGCACAAGAGAUACCCGAGGUUUUAGAAGCAGCAGAGGAACCAGAGAACCCCCAGCCAAUAUCGGAAACGCGCAACGCACGGGAAGAGACACGAGAAGAGAAGGAGGGCAUCAACAUCAGUCCCGUGGGCAGCAGCCUUGAAUUUUUCGAAGAUGUGGCCAAGUUGAAGCAGAUGAUGACUGUCGACCAUGACUACGAGGCCGCCCUUGCCUUCUUCGAGGAGAAACUGCAGCCACUGAUGGAGGCCAAGGCCGGCAUACGCGAACUCAUGAAGGACGAAGUGGCUCGCGAUUUUCUGAGCUAUCUCACAAGAGUCAAGAUCGCCAACCCGGACGACCCCAGGCUUCCCUCUGUCUCGCGUAUCACCGAAGUCACGUUUAGGCUGUCCAAUUUGUACUAUGUCGCCUGGGGCAAACUGAUUCUCACGUUGGUCCAGCACAUCACCCGGCAGGAGACAACACCAGAUGCCUUUCAGACGUUGCAAGACUAUGAGGCCGCCAUGGCCAACCGUGCAAUCCUCAUAAGAGACCUGCUGCAGUCGUGGGACGUUUUCAUCGAGCACAACCCCGAGUUCCUGAAAGAAGUGCCUCGACGAAACGCCGCUCCGACGCCCGAUACGAAGACGCUCCAUGAAACAGUCCAUGGCUUGGAGACGAGCUUGGCAGUGCCUUAUACUCAGCUCUUUAUUUCACUGUCCCCUGAAAAACUGCAGCUGAACACCUCUCGGUACAACAUCAGCUGGGCAGCCUAUGCGACGUAUCGAAUGCUCACCGACCGCAUCAACACCAACUACCAGACGAGGGAUCAAGCCUCGAUGUUUACCAAGAUGAUGAAAAAUGUCCUGACGCGGGCGAAACCGCCGAAUGAUCGGGAUCUAGAGUAUAACUUUGCCGAGUAUCAGGAUCUGCUCAGGUACAUCCGCGACCUCGGCGAGGAAGACGGCAAUCACAUUUGGUACAUGCGGGUGAGGACUCCGGAGGCGGAGCGACGUCAACAACGGGAGGGGAUCCACCGCAGGAUUGGAACCGCUCUCAAGAGGGCCAACCUUCGAGAGGUGAAGGCGGCGUGGGUUGACUUUUGGGGACCGGACAAGAACCCGGACGAGGAGAGGAUCAGAGUCAUGAGUGAGGAUCCGACUUUGUUUGACUAUUUUAUUCAGGCGUUUAUGCAGCUCAGGCAGACGGAACUGACGAACCAUGUCUGGGAGAGCAUGCACAGGGUUAAUGUCAAGCCUACGAUCAGGACCUGGAGCGCGCUGAUUGAGGGGUGUAGCAGGGCUCGGUCCAAGGGGGCGCUUGAUAAGAUGUGGGAGAAUUUGAUCACGGCUGGGGUGAAGCUGGAUACGCAUAUCUGGACGUCUCGCGUGGCGGGGUUGUUCAAAUCCGGGGAUGCGGAAGGGGGGAUCAGGGCGUUAGUGGAUAUGGAGAGGACGUGGGCGAGCAGGGAGAAGAAUCCGCUUGUGGCGGUCAAGCCGUCUAUCGAGCCUGUCAAUGCCGCGAUAUCGGGCCUGCUCAAAGCGAAAAGGCAAAAGGAUGUCAUGACUGUGCUUGCGUGGGCGGGGAAGCAGGGGAUUAACCCUGAUAUCCAUACAUUCAACAUCCUGCUUCGGCCGUUGGUUCUCAAGAUGGAUAUCCCUGGCAUUCGGAGGCUGCUGUCUCAGAUGCAGGACGCCGGGAUUGAGGCGGAUGCCGCGACGUUUACGAUUCUGUUCGAGGGCACGAUGAGGAAUUAUGCUGACCGGCCGAAGGGCGAGCAGCUCGCGCAUGUGAGGAAGUUUAUCAAGGAGAUGGAGGCUAGUGGGAUAAGGGCGAAUAUGAUGAUUUAUGCCAAGAUUAUCAAGCUGCUGGUUGAUCAGGGGGAGGAGGGGAAGGAGACGCUCAAGGCGGUGUAUGGGCAGAUUUUGCAGUCUGGGUUGGAGCCGACGCCGCAUAUCUACACCAUGUUGGUGGAACACUUUUUCAAUCAGAACCCGCCCAACUCGAAGGCGGUGGCGGAUUUGAUCAAGAACAGACGUCUUCACGGGCCAAAGGCGAAUGUGGACAGGGUUUUUUGGGAGAGGGUCAUCAGCGGGUUUUGUCAGGCUGGGGAGGUGGAGAAGGCGAAGGAGGUUUUCCGGAAGGAGUUUGAGGGGGAGAAGGAGGUGGGGAUGACGUUUGGGAUGCUGUGUGAUUAUUUGGUCGGGUUGCUGAACAGUGGGGAUCGGGAGGGGGCGAGGAGGUUGGUGAGGAGGGCGAGGGAGGUGAGGGAGGAUUUGGUUGUUGUUGAUGGGGUGAAGGACGGGAAGGGGGGGAUGAGGUUGGAGUCUGUCAGGCCUGGGGCGGGGAUGGGGAGGGAGGAAGGCGAGUUGGUGAUGAAGGCUAGGUGGUGGAAGCAUAGGUUUUGGCAUAUUGCUGAGAGGGCAGGGGUUAUGAAUUAG